GGUCGCCUGAUCAGCUGUUCUUCCCCAAGCGGAUCAGUCAUUCCAACCUGCGAAUAUCUCCCAGAUCCCAAGCAAUCUUCCAUCGUAGCCCUACCGCAGCGCAAACUGCUCGAUGAUGGCAAAGAGCGUGCUUCCGAUUACACGAUCCCACGACCGAUAGCGGCAUCGUGAGAUGUCAACAGACGAGCGCUAGCUAUAUCUGAGCUCUCUCGUGCAACAAUUCUCGACGUGCCACCAUCAUGGGAGACCUACUCGCGUCACGCGUCUUGUCGCGCUUUCUCCCAGUGGCUGAGGGCGAUGUCUCUGUCUAUGAUGGCAUGAGACGCGAUGCUGUCAGGCGCGGAGAUGUCGAGGCUCAGAGACAGCGUGUAUAUACGGACGGAUACCAGGACGACGACGAUGACGAUCCAGACGCUUUUCUUUACGAUCCCUCUGGAGAUCAACCCACGCCCACCGACCCUGGCCUGAGUCCUGAGAUGUUCGCUGCACGGCCUAAGUGGCAGAGUCCUGGGUCUAAGAGGAGGGGAAUGGACGACGAGGACGUGCCUGAGUCCUUACUCCUAGAGCCUAGGGCUAAAGCGGGACCUAGCAGACAGCAGCCUAAGAACGCGGCAGACAUGAAAUUAGCAAGGGCUGAAGCACAAUGGAAAGCAUCACAAGAACAGCAAUGGUUAUCAACACCCAGAGGUCCGCGCUCUGCAAGACCUACUUCUCGUCCUUCGCGAACGUCCGCACCUACGAGACCGCCGCUUCGCACAAACCCGCAAGCUGAAGCGACGUGGAUGUAUACAAACGCGACCAACCUUGAUGCUUUCCUACUCGAGGUUUACCAGUACUUCGUCCAACACGGUGUCUGGUCCAUUCUCCUAUCACGGGCUCUGACUUUGAUGACAGAACUUUUCGCGUUCAGCUUCACGAUGUUUCUGACGACCUGUAUUGACUACUCGAAGAUACCCAGCAGCAAAUCCACAGCAGAAAUCAUGAUCCCCAAAUGCAUGGCAAAAGCACCGUGGUACAAGAAUGCCGCGUUGUUCUUCUUCGUUAUCUACUGGCUGUUCAAGGCACUCCGCUACUCCAGGGACGUGCGGAGACUAUUUCAGAUGCAGGACUUCUACCAGCAUGUACUCGACAUUGGAGAUCAGGACAUCCAAACUGUGGCAUGGGCGGAGGUGGUAAACGGUCUAGUCAAGGUGCAGAAUGCGAAUGUUGCUACCGCUGCUGAACCAUCUGAGCAAGGCAGGAAAUACCUCGACUUCAACAAGCCACGACAGCGAUUGAACGCUGAAGCCAUCGCCAAUCGGCUCAUGCGCCAGGACAAUUACUACGUCGCCAUGUACAAUAAAGACUUGCUCGACUUCACUCUCCCUGUACCUUUCAUGGGGCGGCGUCACUUCUACUCGAGGAGCUUGGAGUGGUCCAUCAAUUUCUGCUUCACAAACUUCAUCUUCGAUGAGACGGGGAGCAUUCGUCCAUUCUGCCUUGACAUUAAGAGAAGACAUGCGCUGGUUGAUGCGCUGCGUGUUCGAUUUAGAGCUGCUGCCCUGGUCAGCAUCUUGAUCGCGCCAUUUACUAUUGGGUACAAUGUGAUCCUGUUCUUCUUCAAGAACUACACGGAAUUUACCAAGAAUCCUUCGCGAGCUGGCGCGCGCACUUUCGCCCCGUAUGCGGAAUGGAAAAUGCGAGAGUUCAACGAGUUGGAACACCUGUUCCGACGCCGGCUGCGGCAGGCACAUCCAUUCGCGAUUGAGUACCUGAAGCAAUUCCCUAAAGACAAGACUGAUCAAGCCUGUCGCUUCGUGGCUUUUGUCUCCGGGGCGAUAGCUGCAGUUCUCACACUUGCAACUCUAUUCGAUCCAGAGCUCUUCUUGGGCUUCGAAGUGACCCCAGGAAGAACGGCAGUAUUCUGGCUUUCUGUCAUGGUUGGCAUCUUUGGUGUGGCAAACGGAUCUCUGCCAGACGACAACGACCUGCAUGACCCAGGAUUCCAUAUGAGAGAGGUUUUGAUGUACACACAUUACAUGCCUUCCCACUGGAAAAAUAGGCUACACAGUGAUGAGGUCCGCGCGGAAUUCUCAGGCAUGUUCAAACUCAGGCUCUUCGUCUUUGCGGAAGAACUUUUGAGCUUGAUUGUGACACCAUUGAUCCUGUGGCAGAACUCGGGCAAGACCUGUGAGCGGGUCAUUGACUUCUUCCGCGAGCAAACAAUUCAUAUCGAAGGCAUCGGAUAUCAAUGCAACUUCGCUUACUUCAACUUCAAGAAGAGGGUUGAUAUCGAGGACCCUGCCACAUUCAUGCCUGAGCCGGAUGGACUGCGUGAUGACCACUUUGGCCUCAAGGACGACAAAAUGGCAGCUUCAGUACACAAUUUCAUGCAGUACUACAGCCACUACAAUGGUCGUCAGACAACGCGGCGGCCCCAGAGUUGGCAGCCUCCGCCUGCGUGGCCUGGCGGCGUCCCAGCUGGUAUUGCGGAAGAGCCCGCAGAAAUGCCUGCACCAUAUGUUCCUACGAACGCAAGGAAACAUCGAAACUCAGGAGCCUCUGCGAUCCGAUCACCUAGACAGGCGGUCAACGAGGCUCGACGGCACGGGAAACGUCAAGGUUUCGAACAUGUUGGGCGAAGCACAAUUGGAACUGGUCUCGCAGAUGUGACCGAGAGCCGAAUUAUGGCACAAGACAGUGAUCUGCAAGAUUUUGCUGAUGCCCCAGGUGUUUCAGCGCUUGAGAGCGACACAGAUGCUGAUGAAGGGGAUGUGCAAGGUGCACCUGGAAUUCUUGGUUUAGCGACACAAUUUGUGAAGGCACAAACUGAGAAGACGACUGGACCUGUUAGCAUGACGUGAAUGCGGACGUAGAGGUCAUGCACGCAUUUCUUGACGUUA